CGAUUGUCGAAGACUUUGUGAUUCUGAAUCUUGCUGCUUAAUCUCCUGGGUUCAUUCAUUGUUCUCUGUAGCAUACAUUCGACCUCUGCAGCAAUGUCCUCCAAAAACAGCGCUCCUCUGCCUACCGAGCUUCCUCUUCCGACCGAUGCCAGUCUCUCCCACGGCUCCCUUGCAGACCUUCUCCCGUCACAUUUCACCACCGAAAUUACCCAGUGGCUUGCAGAAGACACGCCGUCGUUUGACUAUGGUGGCUUUGUGGUUGGAUCAAGCCCUCGAACAGCCCAGCUGCUUUGUAAAUCCGCUGGAGUUCUUGCUGGUGUUCCUUUCUUCGACGAGGUCUUCCGCCAACUAGAUUGCACGGUGGAGUGGCAUCAUGCUGAAGGUGAAUUCCUAGAUCCUGCGAAAUCAGGAGGCAAGAUCAAGGUUGCUACAGUUAAGGGCCCAACUCGCAAACUGUUAUUGGGGGAAAGAGUUGCGUUGAACGCCCUAGCCAGGUGCAGUGGCGUGGCGUCAAAGAGUCGAAAGAUGCUCGAGCUAGUACGGGGUGCAGGCUACAAGGGAGUUCUUGCGGGAACGAGAAAGACUACACCUGGAUUCAGGCUGGUCGAAAAGUAUGGUAUGUUGGUUGGAGGAAUCGAUGGGCACAGACACGACUUGAGCAGCAUGAUCAUGCUAAAGGACAAUCACAUAUGGGCCAAAGGCAGCAUCACCAAUGCUGUCAAGGCGGCAAGGGCAGUUGGUGGCUUUGCCCUCAAGAUCGAGGUGGAAGUUCAGACCGAGAACGACGCGGAUGAGGCCAUUGAAGCAGGUGCAGAUGUUGUUAUGCUGGAUAACUUUGACGGUGAGGGCCUCAAAGUAGCUGCACGAAGCUUGAAAGAACGGUGGCAAGGCAAAAGGCAAGUGCUGUUGGAGAGCAGCGGUGGGUUAACGGAGGCCAAUGUCAAAGAGUACAUCAAUAAUGACAUCGACAUCAUCUCUACCAGUGCGGUGCAUCAAGGUGUACCACAUGUAGAUUUCUCACUGAAAAUUGAUCAUUGAUGACAAG